AUGGGUUUGACGCUUGGCGUUUUGGCUGAAGCGUUUUCGCAUUAUGACAAGAAAAAGCAUGCUUGGAUCAAUUAUUGCGAUAUGAAUCAAUACGUCUAUUUUGAUGUUGGAUUUGAUAAGGGGGUCCCGUUGGGAAGAGUGGUCGUUGAAGUUGAUGCGAAGGCGUUCAAAUCGCUUGGCGAGACUUUCAUCAAAUUGGCGAGAGGCGAUUACAAGGACUCCUUAUAUGGCAAGAAGCUCGAGUUCACCAAAACGAGUUUGCAUUAUAUUUCGUCGACGCGCAACUUGAUAAUGGGCGGAGAUGUGCUGUUCAACAAUGGCUGCGGCGGUUGCGCGCCGACACCCUCAGGCGUCUGGGAGGAGAAGAAUAGCACAUCGACAGUGGAUUCGACACGCGGCAAGGUUGUUCUCCUCGCUUCCGACACGAAUCCGAAUCUAGCAGCGUCGUCGACGGUUGUGUGA